GGCGCUCACGACGCGUGGUCGGGUUGGGUGUGCGUGUUGCUGGUGGGCGUAGCGACGGGCAUGGUGGCGGGCGUGAUCGACAUUGGCGCGUCCUGGAUGACUGAUCUCAAGUUCGGCAUCUGCCCCGCCGCGUUCUGGUUCAACAGGGAGCAGUGUUGCUGGUCCGACACAAACACCACCUUUGACAGCGGGAAUUGUUCACAGUGGUUGACGUGGCCGCAAGUGUUCGGCGACCGCGGCGACGGCGCCGGCGCAUACAUCAUCAGCUACCUGUUCUACAUCGUGUGGGCGCUGCUGUUCGCCGCGCUCUCCGCGUCGCUCGUCAGGAUGUUCGCACCGUACGCCUGCGGAUCCGGUAUACCCGAAAUUAAGACAAUCCUGAGUAGCUUCAUCAUUCGCGGCUACUUGGGCAAGUGGACGCUCAUCAUCAAGGUGGUGGGACUGAUCCUGUCGGUGUCCUCAGGCCUGUCCCUGGGCAAGGAGGGACCCAUGGUACACAUUGCCAGCUGCUUGGGUAACAUCUUGUCGUACCUGUUCCCGAAGUACGGUCGCAACGAGGCGAAGAAGCGCGAGAUCCUGUCGGCCGCAGCCGCUGCGGGCGUCUCGGUCGCGUUCGGGGCGCCCAUCGGAGGCGUGCUCUUCAGCUUGGAGGAGGUGUCGUACUACUUCCCGCUGAAGACGCUCUGGCGGUCGUUUUUCUGCGCGCUGAUCGCGGCGUUCAUCCUGCGUUCGAUCAACCCGUUCGGCAAUGAGCACUCGGUGCUGUUCUUCGUCGAGUACAACAAGCCGUGGAUAUUCUUCGAGCUGAUACCGUUCGUCGGUCUGGGUAUUAUUGGUGGCUGCAUAGCGACGAUAUUCAUAAAGGCUAACAUCUACUGGUGCCGGUACCGCAAGUACUCGAAGCUCGGCCAGUACCCCGUGACGGAGGUGUUGGUGGUGACGCUGGUGACCGCCAUCAUCGCUUACCCGAACCCGUACACGCGCAUGAACACCAGCGAGCUGAUCUACCUGCUGUUCAACCAGUGCGGCAUAUCCAACUCGGACCCCCUGUGUGAUUACAACCGCAACUUCACCGACGCGAACUCGGCGAUCGAAAAGGCAGCUGCGGGGCCGGGCGUGCACCGCGCCAUCUGGCUGCUGGUCCUGGCGCUGAUCCUCAAGCUGGUGAUGACCAUAUUUACUUUCGGCAUCAAGGUGCCGUGCGGUCUCUUCAUACCUAGUCUCGCGCUCGGAGCCAUCGCCGGCAGGAUUGUGGGCAUCGGUGUGGAGCAGCUUGCGUACCACUACCCAAAGAUCUGGCUGUUCUCGGGCGAGUGUUCGACUGGCGACGACUGCAUCACGCCGGGCCUGUACGCCAUGGUCGGCGCCGCGGCGGUUCUUGGCGGUGUAACUAGGAUGACUGUGUCCCUGGUGGUGAUAAUGUUCGAGCUGACGGGCGGCGUGCGGUACAUCGUGCCGCUGAUGGCGGCCGCCAUGGCGUCCAAGUGGGUGGGCGACGCGCUCGGCCGCCAGGGGAUAUACGACGCGCACAUCGCUCUCAACGGAUACCCGUUCCUGGACAGCAAGGACGAGUUCCAGCACACGUCGCUCGCCGCCGACGUUAUGCAACCAAAACGCAACGAGACCCUCUCAGUGAUCACGCAAGACUCUAUGACGGUUGACGACGUGGAGACGCUGCUCAAGGAGACGGAGCACAACGGGUACCCGGUGGUGGUGUCUAAGGAGUCGCAGUACCUGGUCGGCUUCGUGCUGCGCAGGGACCUCAACUUGGCCAUUGCCAAUGCCCGCCGCACGAUGGAGGGCAUUAUCGGCCAAUCAGUGGUGAUAUUUGCUGGCGCGGUGAACCCGCCAGCCGGCGCGCCGCCGUGCCUGCACCUCAACAGGAUCCUCGACAUGGCACCCAUUACAGUCACCGACCAGACGCCCAUGGAGACGGUUGUCGACAUGUUCCGCAAGCUUGGACUACGUCAAACUCUGGUCACGCACAACGGACGGCUAUUGGGCGUAAUAACAAAGAAGGACGUGUUGCGCCAUGUCAAGCAAAUGGACAACGAAGACCCCAGCUCAGUUCUGUUCAACUGAUCCACGUCGAGCCGCGCUCGGGUCCCGCCGCCCGCGUGAGCGACUUGACGAUCACUCUGUCAACACGUGGGCGCAUCGGCUUUGCGCCUCCGCCCUCGCUCGCCACCCCCGGGGUGCAGAUCCUCUGGACCGUUUAGUCGAUCCGCCGAAGCAGACUCGCAGCCGAUGCGCAUGCGCACCAUCACGUUUGUCCAACGCUCGUACUAAUGGCGACUAACACUGUAUCGUUAGGUGACACUGUGCGUUUCAAAUGACAAGAUUUCGACAUCACCAUUCCGCUUUGUUUUGUAUAUGCAAUAUCACAUACGCUUUCCUUAACAAUUAAUUAUAUUCAUAAAUAAUAACUUAAUAUUGUGAUUUUUGUUGGUGGUAUUUUAUUAUUGUAAUAAAUUAAUUAAUUAUUAUGGAUCGAUAAAGUUAAAUUUAUUGGCAUUUGAUCAGAUUAUUUUUCACGUUUUCAUAAUAUAUUUGGAUUUGUUUUAAGCAGUAAAAAGUAUUCUAUGCAACAGUAAUGGCAUGUUGAAAGAACCACAGGAAAUGUUUAAAAAGUUAAAAUAAAAUUAAUCGUUUAAAAUGUUGUUGCAGACAGUACAUGUUGAGUAUCAAAACAACUGUUUCGACAGUUUUGUCAUUUGAAAUACACAAUAUUUUGAUGUUUACUUAUGAUAUGUGAUGGAAUUUUACAGUUUAAUUAUAAGGUACAGGUGUAACGUUUAACUGAGUAGGUUCCUGUGGCAGCGGAGUGGCGCGCAGGUGUGAUAUGACGUAACAGCGCUGUCGCGCUACACACGUGGUAAACAAAUAUCUUAAGAUCUUUGAAAGUACUUGCAACAAAUUUUACCGUAUUCCUUUUCAACAAAUUGGCAAAAAUGAAUAAUUCCAUUCUUUCUUCUUAGUUAUAAACGCAAGUUUUUUUUUUUACUUUGUAUGCAAAUAUUGUUCCGUAUUACUCAGGUUUUAUUAAUGAAAAAAAACUCAACAGUAUCAUAUACCGCAAUAGCCAACUCAGUUGAUCACCACCCCUGUAAUAAAUGUUUUAAUCUCGAUUUAUUGAUGUUAUUAUAUUCACAUUUCACACUUAAUCUCGCUCUAGUACGUUAUAGGGAGGUUAGGUUAUAAUAGAAGAAUCAGGGUAAUAGUGCGCAACCAAACGCAGGCCCCACGCUCAUAGACAGUGGUUUCACGACAAAGCAGUGCCUUUAUACAAAUAAUUUUGAACCUCAUACAGACUAUAAUAGCGUUCGUAUUUCAUUGACAUGUCAUAAAACUUUAACUAGCAAGUAUAAGCGUUAUUAUUGGACAUAUGAAAAUAAUUUUGCAUACAGCAAUUGCUAUCAAUUGAGUCAAUACUUGUACUAUGAGCGUCGGCUAUUGUGUUUGUGGUCUUGUGAUCGCUGUACAAAGCCUUAAAACAUUGUGUCCGUCACCAACAAGACUUAGUUAAUGUUAGGAGUAUCCUAGUGAAGUUAGUCACAUUUUACAAAUUUGUAUAUUCACUUGUUAAGUACGUGGUAGCUAAUAAUAAUGCGUAUAUUCGUAACGACGAACACACACGUGUAUUUUAUCGGAAACAGAUUUUUUUUGCAUCAAUAUAGAACAGCUGACUACUAGGGUUCACUCGAAAUUUUACUUUUACAAAAAUUUGAAUGAUUUGCUGUCUUAAAAGCUUCGAAGUUACUGUGUCGCGUGUUAUAAUACUUCAUUUGUACCGAUAUUUUACGGUGGUGUGCGUUCAAUGUUACUGUUUGUAUAGAUGUAGAAUUAAGAGUUAUCUCACAGCAAAAGCUGGUACGAACGAUGAAACAUUUAGUACUCGCUGGAUUACGAAGUGUAUGCGAGUACGUUUUAAACUUGGUAGCUAAUGUAUAAUAAACUUAAAAUUUGCUCGUGGUACGAUAUAUUUAUCCGUCUGGAGAGCGACUCCGUACACAAGGUGUAAAACACGCCACAGUGGCCCACGGAAGUGUGUCGCGUGCCGGGAUCUGCCUGUGCAUAUGUUUCAAACAGGCCGGGAAUAUUAUAUGGACUGGUGUCUACUCUAUCUGGACAAUAUUCUACUUACCAUUAGGUAUAGUGGGGUCAAGUUGCCCAUAAAAAAUAUUCUUAUCGCGAAGGCUGCCAUUUAUGGCCAAGUGCAUAAUGCACCUUCAUUAUGGUUGGUGACGGACACCACAAGGCCUUGCGCUGAGCUGUCGUCGCCAUCGCAUCUGGCGUAGAGCAGCUUACUCCAUGGCGCUUACGGACGCAUCCGUGGCACUUGUAAAUAAUCUGAUAGUUGUAUUUAUCUACCCUGAUGGAUCAGUAUUGCAGUAUAUUUUGUUUUCUGGAAUUGAUUAUCACAUAAAUGCGAUUUUAGAUAGUGUAAGGUAUAAAUAAAUAAGUUUUUUUGUGAAGUACAGCAUCCAAUUAGAUGCAUCUCGCGUCUUCUCUUGUUUGCCUCUACCUUGCUACAUUUAUCUUUCAUUAUUAAUAAAUAUUUCAUCAUUUUCGGUAAAGAGAUCGAUUAUAUAAAAUGACAUUUAAAUCCAUUAUUUUUGAGAUCCUUAUUUUGAUAGAAUAUAAUUUGAAUAUAUAUAUUUUUAAGCAAAGCUGAUCUGUUAGGGGUCGAAUAGUCGCGCUUACUAUGAUUUGAUUCGUCUUACCUGUCCACCGUUCACCGAGUACAAUCAUAUUCACUGCAUUGAAGUAGAAAAUAGAUAAAAAUUUGCAUAAACGCGUAUUUCGUUUUGGACGGGUAAUGAUAAUGACGUAAUUAUAUUUGAUAGUAAUAUUAUAUUAACCAAACGAGUAUGUCGCGGCCUAAAGUAAUAGCUAUUUAAUCAUGUUGUAAUUAAUUGUAAUGUUAUUAAUGUAAAAUUAUUAAAUUAUAAUUAAUUUAUUUAAAAAAAAUAAUUAUGUCAAUAGUAUUUUAUGCACCUGAUUGUAUUUUUAACCAAUAAAUGUAUAUCGAGUAUCUAUUUUUAAUGUUGAAUUGUGAACAAAAUGUAUUGCAUAUUUCUUUUUUUUAUAUUAUAUUAUAUUGAAUCUUUUUGUAUAUAAAUAAGAUGAUGUCUAUAUAUGAUGCAUAAUAUUUUAAAGUCUCAUUUUGCGUAGAUAUUUAGAUGAUACCACUUAGUGUAAUGUAGAGUAAGAUUAUAAUAUUUGAGAUAUUUUUUUUAUUAUCUAAUGUUUGUACUUUUCACACAAGUUUUCAGAGUAGUAAGUUCGUCUAACAGAUACUAUUGUUAGUUGAUGUCCACCGCGGCUUAAUACCGUAACGGGUGUAGCCUGUAUGCAGUCAGAUGUUUAGCGGGUAAACGAAUAUGACAUGUUUUAGACCAUCGACAGCUUUCAAUAUACGAUCCCAAUCAUAAUAAAAACUAUGCUCUGAUUAGCCGAUUUUCGCAAUCGACCGAAAAGAAUGUUUGGAAUCGUUUAUUGAAGGUAUAAGUAAUCUGGGUUUUUUUAAUAUUUGACAUAUUCACUCUGCCCCAUUUAUGUGGAGACAAUGCCCCCGCGUUGGUGUAUAUUAUCACUUCCAUAUUGUUAACAUAUUGAUGACUAUUAUGAGCAGCUCUGUAUAAAUAUAUUUGUGACCCAUAUUGAUGUCUAUUUAAUUACUGUGCACCAUAUAAGUGUUAGGGGCUCAUAAUGGCCCGUGGUAUGAUGCGAUCGCACGCGGCGAAUAUACUGUUGAUACUACACCUUUUAUUAUAAAUGUCCAGAUGUAUAUUAAAUGUUAUAGGUGAUGUUUUUUUUGGAGGGUGAGACGCAGGCUGGGCCCAAUUAGUGCACAAAAUUUGACUUUCUGGAGCUAAUGUUUCGACAAUUCAUUCUGUAGUAUUGUAGUAGUAUUUCUGUUAUUGAUACGGAAAUUUUACCAAAAUUGACGAAUAUGUGAAAACCCUAAUUGUGUGUGAAUAUUGGUACUCCAGAUUACGCGCCAUGUACGCGUUAGCCGCGGUGCCACGUCGGCAAAAUCAUAUUAAAACAUAAAUGUCAUAUCUCACAUAUAAAUGUAUUUUAUUUCAAUUAAAAGUUCUCUCCCUCUAAAAAAACAGUCGUUAUUAUGUCCAUGUUAAAUGUGAAUGUUGUAAAAUAUUGUCUGAUAUUUUUUUGCUAAUCGGUACGCGACGAUAUAUCGAAUAUGUAAAUUUGCUAUACCGAAAUAUUAAGAAAGUAAUGGCAUAGUUAUGUCAUUUAUUUAAACAUGGGGAAUUAAUAUUACAUUAUAAAAAGCUAUGGAAUAUUUUUUUUUAUAUGAUACAUAAAUAUUCAGCAAGUCGUGGCUAUCUUCACAUAGUGUCAACAGCGUUCCUAUUAGCAAAGAAGUCGUAGCAUAAUCCUAGUGCAAUGGACGUGUAAGCAGAACUCGACGCUUCAUAGCGCAGCUGAUAUAAAUCUAUGCAUAAUUAGGGUAAUUUGACAAACUAUGUAAAUAUAAGUGUUUUUCUGUACAUCGAUAAAUUUGUUUUAAUCAAAAGCGGGCGGCAGGAGAGGGUAAUAAUUACACAAAGUAAGUAUUUGAAAUCAUUUUCUAUGUAUAUAUUAGAUAAUAGUGAGAUCACUGCACUGUGCUGCAAAAAUUAUUAUACCUAGUUAAUGUACACCCUAGUGGUAUUUUUGCGGUCAAAAAAUUGUAUCUAUAAUCAUUUUAAAUUCAAUCGACGUUAUAAUUAUUCCAUAUUUUAUAGACAAUUCAAUCGAAGGAGCUAGCCAAUGACAAACACCACGUUACGUCACCGGCAUCAUGGAGCGUGCGUGUGAGAGAAAUAGCACGACUUUGAGAACGUUCUCAUAUCGAUACAUAAUAUUGCUGUGUAAUUCAUCCGCAUAACUCUUUUUUAUAAAAAAAAACACACACACACUAAUAAUAAUUUCUCUAGACUUCCAAGUACAAGUAUUAUGGAUUGAUUUGUAAUGGAUGUGUUUGUAUAAAAUAGUUUAUCGGUGUACAGUAUAAAUGUAUUGUAAAUGACGUAUUUAACUCUUUAGGGACUGGAUUUUGCUUUUUCAGAAUGUGACAGAAUUAUUUAAAUUGAUUACUGUAAUAUUACAUUAUUGAUUGCCCUUCUUUCUAUGUUAGUCGUUUUCACUUGAUAUUUUAUCCUGUCGGUGAGAUGGUUUUGAAGGAUAAUUCUUAAAUUAGCUUACUAGUAUACCAAGGAACACUUAUGAUGGAUGUGAUUGUAUAUUAUCUAGGGCUGUUAUUUCCACCGUCGAUACAAUUUAUUCGAGGAAUAAAGCACAACAAACGACUUAAAAAUUACAGUUGUACAAUAUAGAGUUGUCAACUCAAUUUUAUAUUUAGUCGGAUUAUAAUUUAUUUGAUGGAUAAUUGUAUUUGACGAUUGAGUAAUCACCCCCUCAUAGUAUUUUCUAUUAUCAGUAUCAAAAUAUCGACAUGAAAGUUAAAAUGCAUACUUCACGGGUUUUUUUUCGCUAUGAUGAUGUUUACGCUAUGUUUGUAAUUGUUCUUACAACUACAACCCUGAAGUUGCUGCAGACGUCCAACACGAGUGUUUCUAUUCUUGUACACAGCUUGCGUCAUUUCAAGCCGAUAUCGGCUACAAUAAUUCAUACGAGCCCUUUAAGCUCCCUAGUAAUUACAUUGUAUUUUUAUAUGUAAACUAAAUGGACUGAAACUAAAUUGUAUUACCUAUUUGUAAAUAAAACUGACUUUUAAAAACGGACGCGUCGUCGCGCGUCCUAUUAUAAUAGUUUGUAUUUAUCGAUCGGCGGUGCGUUUGCACCAGAACUUGUAUUGUAGCAGGAUAUGUAGCGAGUUUGUCGCAGCUGGAGGACGUCCGUCACGCGUCAGACGUCGGCAUCGACUAGACAUGAUGUCGAUAGCUGACGUAAAGCUGUAAAGCUUGACGCCAUCGGAAGUCUCAUAAACGUAGUAUCCCAUGUGUACACUCGUUAGGUAGGAAUCGGGUUUCAUUUGCAAUUAACACUUAUUAGCCCGCUUUACUGCAGAGCUUGCGAGAUGCUGAUGUCAAAUAUCAUAUACACGCACCUUGCCGCUGACGUAUAGCUCAGUAGUUAGACAUGUACUCACAUCGCGACUUCAAUUCUGUCUGAAUAUGGACGCAAUACGCUUUAGAAAUAGUUUGUUGGCUCCAUUUGAGUACGACAAUAUCAUAUAAAUAUCCUAUCUGCUGGUUUAAAUUUGCAUGUUACUGUUUUGUGCCGUUGUAACAAUUCCAAAUCUAUGUCAAACAGAAUUGGGGCCAAAAUUGGAAAGCUCCCAUAAAUCGCGCAUGGUAAUCGUUGCCUUGUGUAUAGACCGCGCCUAACUGCUAUUGCCCACGUCGUUAAGUGGAGGGAAACAGGUUUAUUCGGUUCAAAUGGUACCCAACUCCUAGAAGAAGUAGAAGCUAUUCCAGCUUCUCCUACAGUUCUGUCCCACAAAUUUAUAUCUGAGAUAAACGCCUUUUCUCAUUCUCUCUCACUGUGGGUAUAUACAAAUAAAUGGUAGGUAUGCGCGGUUGAACGGUACAGGGAAGUGGUGUGGGGCAGCACUGCGUGUUGAUAUUAACGACAUAUGAAGUAUGUUAUUGUCAUGUAAAUGUAGUGAUAUUACACCCUAACUGCGCCCAAACAGUACGAGCUCGCCAGCCAAUCUUAAUAUAAGGUCUGCAGCACGGUUUCAUUCACGGCUUUGAGUUUUCUGUCUACAAAUCAAGCAUAAAUUGGUCUGAUCCACUUCCUGUAAUUCUUUAGUCUGUAACAGUUACUGCGUGUUACCAAAUUCAGUGUAUCCUAUCCAGUACACUUGACUUUUAUGUCGCGUCAGUUCGGCAGCUCGCGCUGUGUAAAGCUAGACAAUUUUUACAUUUUCCAUUAUCAGUGCUGUUGCUGUACUCACUAUGUGCGUGCUAUGUUUACUCAGCGGGCUUCAAUUCUGUACAACAUAGGAAAAUAACGUGGAUUCUCAUUAUUUAAAACAAGGUAUUACCCAAUUAUGUAAACUUUAUGUGACAUCUUCGCAUUGAUAUGGUAGAGGAUCGUACAGAAUUAAAGCCCGGUAGUUGAAGCCUGCGGUUAGUGCAUCUUCAGCAUUUUAGGGGCCGUUGACAAGAAGCUACAGAGGAAAGAGAUAAUCGUUAACGCUAAUAAAAUAAAGAUACAUGUACGGGAAUGACAUAUCCUAUAUAAUAAAUAAGUCUCUCGUUAUAACUGUUUUUAUUAGCAUUAGUGAUUGUGGAUAGACAUCUCGUCUACGGGCCCUGCGCCCCACACGUAUAUUACUUUAUAGGGUGUAACUAUCAUAAAAUCAUUGUAUAUCGUAUUUGAGUUUAGGAGAUAUUAAAUAAAUUUAAAUGAAUAUUA